AUGAGCGUGAUUGUGCUCUUGUAUGUGGGCUGCUCAUAUAACCCGUCCUGCGGUCUCCAGUGGUACAGACAACGGUAAAAACUGAGAGGGUGACAUGAGGGAAGUAAACGGACGGCUCGGUGGGUGAGGGAGGAGGGGGUGAGGGAGGGAAAGAGAGGGGCGGGCACGUACACUGCCUACAAAUCACACACUGCAAUCACAAACUCUCUGAGGCGACGUGUUCCGUUCAGUUUUCACUCAUUCUCGUCGACUCGAGUAUUUAAUGGAUCCCCGACUCGUCGUGUGAAGCAACUUCCAGCAGGGAGUCGGCGCCCACCGAGACUGUACGACACUUCUGACCGACUUGUCCUCCUCUCAGCCCGGGCAGCGAGAGGAGAGCCGAGCCGAGCCGCGCCGCGCCGAGCCGAGCAGAGCAGAGCAAACCUGGAGAAACAGUCCUCAACAAAGCCCCCUCCGGCUUUCACGUAAGGCUUUGGGCGAGCACAUUCUUCUCCAGAAGAGUCCGCAGACAGAGAGGAAAAAGACCAUUUUUUCCCGCCCUCAGCCUGUCUUGAAGCACGAGGCGAGUUGUUUUUUGGACAAUGUAGCUAUUGAGCUUCGAGUAGCCUAAAUGGCUUCUUUGGGUUUAGCGAUAUGUGGUAAUGCUGAGGUGCAGCGACCGCAUCGGUUUAUUGAAACGACUGAAGGAUUUUGGACGAAUGCGACUGAAAGCCCGGAAUCUGGACCGAUCAACUUGAGGCAUGUUGCCCUCGCCCCAGGUGUGUGUGUCUACCCUGGUGACGGUGAGCACGAUGGCGGUGGUUGACCUCUACCUGUUGGAGCAGAGCAUGCUGGGGCCUCGGGGCAGUGGGCGACCAGCAGUUUGGCCGUGCGUUGCGGUGGCUCUGGGAGACCUGUGCUUCUUGCUGGCACUGCGCUUUGUGUCAGCUGGCGUGGUCCAGGAGGCUCGCUCGCCUCGCCGCGGCUUUGCCAACGCCCUCUGGUUCCUCUUCUUGUCCCUUCUACAGCUCAAGCUCUUCUUCGUGUGCCAGAACUACAGGCAGGAGCGGCGGCCGCCUGACCCGCUGGCACGCAAGACCCUCACAUUGCUGCUCUCUGUCUGCCUGCCCUCACUCUUCCUCAUCUUGACGGGCGCCGACCACAUGACCCCGCUCCGCAGGAAGCAGGAAGUGAGGAGCCGGCUUUUGUGGGUGGUGGUGGACCUGUUGGACGUUCUGGACCUGCAGGCCGGCCUGUGGGAGGCUCAAAGCAGUGUGGGAGUUCCUCUGUGGGUGGACGGUAUCGUGUUCUUUUACUGCUACGUGCUACUGCUACUCCUACCCUGUGUCUCACUCACAGAGCUGGGGGCGGCAGCCUUGCCGGGCCUGAGGGGCCCUCGGAGGGAGGCUGUCUACCCCUGGCUCAGUCUUAUCACUAUUAACGUCUUCACACUGGCGCUCCGGGGUGUUGGCAUGCUGUGGUACAGGGACCCGCGGGUGUCCACUGUGUUUCUGGGAAAGAACUUGCUGGCUCUGGCCGUUAAGCUCAGUUCUGCCUGGGAGAGACGCAGGCAAGGAGGGGGAAGGGGGCAGGGUGCAGGGGCUGAUGCAGGGACAGGAAGCCAGAGUUUGGGGGCAGCUAUGGAGCAAGGGGGAGAAGAACAAGGACAAGGGCGCACAUCUCCAGUGCCUCCGUCCUCUCGGUACCACUCGCUCUCACGCACUCAUGGCCAUGGACACUCAGUCUCACACGGGAGCCUUGAUCCUGCUGAGACCUCCCUGGGACCUGCCUACAUUUCCCAUGAGCUCUAGGCAGAUAGAGCAAUAAGUGUCCCACCAGUUACUUGGGAAGAGCAACUACAAGUCUGCCAAUGGCCAUUCCUGCAGACUGUGUUUUGGAUAACACUAAACGCAACACAUCCUGUUAGCACACUUUGU